AUAUUUCAAACUCGAUGAAGGAUAUAAAUGAACAACAAAUAAAGAAUAACAAUUUGGAAACAAUAGAAAAUUUAUUAGAAGAAAAUGCACAAUUUCGAAUAAAAUUAGAUUUAGAAGAAUCAAAACUAUUGCAUUUAAAAUAUCAAAUUGAAAUAUUAUCAAAUCGUAUCAAUUUUUUAGAAGAUGAAAUCGAUACAUACGAGCAAGAAACAAGUGAUCUAAGACAAAAAAUCAAAUAA